GAGAAAUCAUACGAGACUCAAAAUGGUUCAGAGGUUAUUGAUUAGUGUCAUUUUUAGUGUCGUUUUUAUCGAUUCAAUAUUAUCAAAACCAGAAAAUAAUUCCGUAAUGAAUGAAGUUUCUUUUGACCAUGAUGUACUCACCAAUACUAUACCUAGGUUCAGAUUAGAGAAAUUUGGAGACAGACAUUACUAUUUCGAAACCAUAUUUGCGGGAGAUUAUCACAGCGCAAUUCUGUUUUGCAAAUACCAUGACAUGGAAUUGUUGAGUAUAGAGAGUAAAGAAGAAAACGACUUUCUUUGGAAACAUUUACAACCUCUCCGCUCAUUUUCAAACAGAAGAUUUCAAAAUCUGUUUGUGAGGAUCUGCUGUUCCAUCAAUAUACAAAGCAGGCGAUUUCGAGAACAAAAUUCCAUUAUUAUCAUCACACAAAAUACAAAACGAAAUAAUCAUGGAGAAAAGGAAAUGAUCGCAAAAUUACGUAAUGAAAUUGAGAAUUCGAAAACGAAACUAAUAAAAGCAAGUAAACUACAAAACUACCCUUAUACAACGAGAGCUAGAGGUUUGCUGAUAGCAAGCCCCCACCAAACCUUCCUCUAUCAGAGGAGUCACCUAUACCUUGGACCCAAACUAUUUGACAAGCUAGAUGUUUCUAUCAAGGAUUCGAAGAUUAUCUCUAUAUUCAGAGGACAAUUGAAAGAAUAUCUCAUGGAAAUAAACUGCUACACCGUUGACGAGUUUUGA